AUGGCCACACCACACCGCACGCCCCUCCGCCGCAUCUCCCAAGGCUCGUUGCGUGCGCUCUCGCGCUCACAAACCCGCGCGGAGGGCGACGCGCCGCACGGGCUCGGCUUCAUGGAACCCGCACUGUCGGAGCUACUCGAUGAGACGGAGGCGCUGCACGCGAACGCGGCGCGCCUCAGCGAUCUGAGCAACGCGCUGCGGACGUUCAAUGAUGGGUUCGCGAGCUGGUUGUAUGUGAUGGAUAUGAACGCGCUUACGGUGGAUUGGCCGCAGGCGCCUAAUGAGCUGUCGUAUAUGCUCUCUCAGCGGAGAGCAGAGGAGGAAGCGCGCGCUCAGACGACUGCACCUGAGCCCGAGCCAUCUCAGCCUGAUCCCACGCACGACACCGAUGAUGACCGUACGACGUAUACGGAUGCACCGGACGGAGACAUGUCGUAUGCUACGACGGCAACAGGCAUCACCUCGACGUCAGCGUCCAAGUUUGGCACGGCGCCGGCGAAGAAAAAGGGUAAACCGAAGAUGAGCGCGAAGGAAAAGAAAGAGCGAUCACUUGCUAUCGAGAAGACCAUCUCGAAUCUCCCAUUGGAAUUCCGCGGGAACGAUCCUAACCUGCGGCGGAACAUGGAGACGGUGAUAGAGAAGAUGAUGGACCGGGCUGGUGCUGGGGUCAAACUCCUCGAGCUCAUCACGCCUCCUGAUCUGAACCAAGCCCGCGUGAACAAAUGCCUCAUUGCGCUCGUGAAUCGCAAAAUCGUGCGCAAGGACAACAGUACAGGAACGGUGCUGUAUCACUGGAUCGGCCUGGCAUAGCCUGCGCAUGCAAACACCAUGUAUCCAUAGCGCUCUUGAUAUCAUUGCUCUGUAUUAUAUCUGUCUCGUUUUCAUAGUGCUCAAUUCACACUCGGGCCUUCCCUUGCUUGGCUAGCUGCUCCUGCCGGCGCUACGGGGA